AUGGCCGAUCCUGAGCGCAAUAGUACCGAACAGGUCUCUGAACCAGUUCUUCUCAGCCGUGCGUACUUUGAGAGGUCCUACGAGAGCUAUAGAUUGAAGUUGGAGUCGAGUCCACGGAGCCGACGGUUUGGCUGGGCUCUUGAUUGCUAUUGGGGCGGCAUAGUCCUCUUGGGAAUCUUGAAAGCCUGCUUUGGUACCUUCGCCGACCGACGUACGUCUGCUACCAGAGGAGACAUUGAACAUUCGGGGUCCGUGACCACCAAGUCAAGAAAACCAUUGGCUCCGUUUGUCGAGGUAUGCUUCUGGCUCAAAACCCAUAUCUUCGUCCCUGCGACUAUCGGAACACGAUGUCAGAGACGAUUACUCGAGUGCACGAUACCCAAGCGUUCUGUUUCGAUGCCGAUCAUGGCGUUCUGGUGUCUCUGUAUUGUCUUGGGGGUUGUCGGUUAUCCUACAAUAGCUAACAACACACUCACACCGAACAUCCACCAGUACAUUUGGAAUGCGGUCGCUGUGCGGUGUGGCUACAUGGCAUACUCUCUCUUACCUUGGGUGUGGAUGUUUGCACAGAGAAACAACAUAUUCAUCUGGGCUACCGGGUGGAGCUAUGCGACUUUCAGCGCUUUCCAUCGCCACUGUGCAAGAGCGGCGACCAUCUUCUCCAUCGUACAUGGCAUCUCAUACUCGGUCGUGUACGCGCAGUAUAAGCUCACGUAUCAAACCUCCUUGGCGAAGAAUUGGUUCCGGUUCGGCAUAGUGUCAGUAAUUCUCAUGUCCUUACUGGUUGCCUCUUCUGCAGGCUACCUCCGGGUCCGUUACUACGACUCGUUCCUCGUGGUGCACAUCUGUUUCUGUAUAGUACUGCUAUACUCACUUUUCUUCCACACUUCAAAGUUCACCGACGGCGAAUACAACGUCUAUCUUUGGCCGCUUGUAGCCAUCUGGUCUUUCGACCGUCUUCUCCGCAUCGCACGCAUCUUCUACUGUAAUUUUCGGGUCAACUUUCGCGAGGACGGAGCUGUAUCACCUGUCCAUUCGGCAACUGUGCGCUACGACACUUCCAGCGAUGUCAUCCGCAUCGACAUGCAGCCCGGUCCAUGGCUCAAGCCCGCGCCAGGCCAAUACUAUCACUUGUAUCAGCCCUUUGUUCCAUUCGGCUGGUGGGAAAACCACCCUUUCUCUCUGGCCGCCUACCAGCAGCCGCCUCCCUCGCCAGUCGAGCAAGCCGGCACUACACCAUCCAGUGCCGCCGCCGCAUCAUCCACAUCCUCCUCCUCCUCCUCCACCACCACCCACUCCUCACCCAACGCCACCACCACCUUCACCUUCUGGAUCCGCCCCCACACCGGCUGGACCCGCCGCCUCCGCAACCAAUGCCUCGCCUCCCCCUCCCCCUCCAACAACACCAUCUCCCCGCGCCCUCUCCUCCUCCUCGAAGGCCCAUACGGCCACCCCCACCCGCCCCUACUACGACUCCUACACUCCUAUUCCUCCUCGUCCUCCGCCGCCACCCCCACCACCAUCACAUUCCUCGUCGGCGGCACGGGCAUCGCCGCCGCCGCGCCGUACAUCCUCGCCUUCGCGUCGUCACGCUCUGCCAGCAUCAAGCUCGUAUGGGCCGCCCGGCACGCGGCAUUUCUGCGCGACGUGUGUCGGAACGAGUUGGCGGGAGCGUUGCGGCUGGGCCAGAGCGGGGAUCAGGGGGCGAAAAACGUAGAGGCGGUGUUGUUUGCCACGGGGGCGGGGGCGGAAGAGGAGGAGGAGGAGGAGGAGGAGGAGGAGGAUGCUGCGGGGGAGGUCGCGGUCAGGCGCGGGCGGCCGGAUGUGGGCCGUGUUGUUGCGGAGGCGGCGGAGGCGGCGGCGGCGGAGGGUGAUGGAAGGGCUGUGGUGUUUGUUUGCGGGCCGGCGGGUAUGGCGGAUGAGGCGCGGGAGGCGGUGCGGGGGGAGAUGAGGAGAGGGUGUCGCCGGAUUGAGUAUGUGGAGGAGUGUUUUGGGUGGUAG